AUGUCUGCUGAAGACCAGUCGCUCCUCGAACGUGUCGAGGUCCCCUCUAUCCCCAAGGAGACUGCUAUCAAGAUCGCUCAUCUGCAAGAGCAGUUCAUCCGCGCUGAGGUUGAGCAGCUGCGCAAGUCGGUUCCUCUCCUGAACCCCCUCUUUGAGAAGCGCAAUGAGAUUAUCUCCUCCCCCGAGGUCCAGAACGACUUCUGGAUCCGCGUGUUUGCCAGCGCCCCGGCCGAGAUUGACGAGUACAUCCUGCCCACCGAUGCUGCUGCUAUCGGCUCCGCCCUGAAGAACAUGAAGGUCGAGCGCUUCGAGGUUGAUGCUCAGGGCAACGGCGAGCCCCGCAGCUUGCGCUUCAUCUUUGACUUCCACACCGGCGAGGAUGAGAACCCCUUCUUCACCAACUCUCAGCUCGUCAAGGAGUUCUACUGGCGCAAGCAGAGCAUCAAGACCUCCAGCGGCAAGGUCCGCACCUGGGAGGGUCUGGUUUCUGAGCCCGUCCGCAUCAACUGGAAGAAGGAUAUGGACCUCACCAAGGGUCUGCUCGAUGCUGCCUGUGACCUCGCUGAGGCCGAGAAGAAGAAGGGUGGCGAGCGCUCCAAGCUCCCCGAGUACGCGGCUCUCGUCAAGAAGCUUGAGAUCGCCGAGGCCGAGGCCAUGAAGGACGACGAGGAUGAUGAGGAUGACGAUGAGGGCAUCGAGAGCCCCGCCGGCACCAGCUUCUUCGCUUUCUUCGGCUACCGCGGCCGUGACGUCUCCGCCGAGCAGUCCAAGGAGGCUUCCAAGCUCGACGACGAGCGCUAUGCCAAGAUUCUCAAGGGUGAGAAGGUUGAUGACGACGAGGAUGACGACGAGGAUGAUGAUGAUGAGCUUCUCGAUGACCUCGAGGAUGCCGAGAUCUUCCCCGACGGCGAGGAGCUUGCCAUCGCCAUCGCUGAGGACCUCUGGACCGAUGCCAUGAAAUAUUACGUUGAAUCCUAUGAGAUGGGUGACGACCUCGAUGAGCUCGACGUCAGCGAGAUCGACGCCGAUGAGAUGAUGGAGGACGAGGAUGAUGAGAAUGAGGGCGGUGACGCCUCGCGCCCGCGCAAGAAGGCUCGCAAUUAA